AUGAGCGGCGGUCGCGACACGCAUAAUCGAAAGCACGAGACAGAGAGAAGCGACGAUGGAAGAGACGAGAUAUCCAGCUACAUCGAGCUAUCCAGAAAAAAUAGAGAGCUGACUGCUGCUUUAAAGCAGCUGGAAAAGAGGGCUGUUUUGGCCGAGAAGGAAACGAAAGAGCUACGGGAGGCUGAGACAGAGACCAACGAGGGAAAAAGCGAACUCGGUGAGCGAAACUCGACAGAAGAAGGCGGAAAACUGCAAAAUGGACUCAAGAAGAAUCGAAAAUCCAAGAGGAAGGAGGCCAUUAAGAAAGAAUGGGAGAAAGUCGACGCUCGCAUGCUCGAGCUGGAUCAGGAAAAGCAACUCCUGAGGGAGGAAAAACAAGCCCUUCAAGCCGAAAAGCAGACAUACAAAAAUAAAUUGAGACGUUUGCUGGUGCAAGUUUAUUACACGAACGCCAAAAUCCAAAAGAAGGACAUAUCGAGCAACAUGCACGGAGAAGCGGCUGCGGUUGGCGACGCAGUACCGUCCCACAGCGAUGAAAUUAUGGAUCUCGCAACCGAGACGAAACAUGGUCUAUAUGAGAGGUCGCUGGAUGAAGAAAUGCAAAUGGCCUACGAUAGUGAGACGGAAGACGAGGAGCAAUACAAGGGGAGAAGCACUUCCGUGUUGCCGCCUGCGAGCCUCGCUGAAACCGCCAACCCAGGCCCCCCCGUCACAGGCUCCCCCAUUACAGGCUCUCCCAAUUUGACACACGGAGUCCGCCAGCGAGAGAGGUUUAGGAGCUUCGGCGCCGAAGGAGAGACAGCCACUCUAACCAGAACGCCGGAGCAAAUCAAAAUGACGCCAAUUGGCAAAGUGCGCGACAGCGAGGCAAUUUGCGACGCCACUGGGCGAAGCGACCGCCCUUGCUUUCCAGCCCUCUAUCCUCGGCUUUUAGCAUGGAUAAUUUGCAUUGUUCUCAUGGCUGUUGGUAUCGGGAUGACAAUUACAGCAUGUUUGUACCUCCAGAAGGCGAAAAAGGAGCGAAAUCUAUGGCUUGAAGCGAACGGGCUUACUAGAGCCUACCUGCUCGCAAAAGCCCCUUCCGGAGAUGUUGACUAG